CAGCAGGAGCAGGAGCCGAUACUGACCCGGAACGCGCCUCCGCAUUGAAUAUCUUACACUCGCAACUGCAAGCUCGCGGAGGAGAAACCUUUUAUAAACAACCACACACGCAGAUCUCGCAUUCUGAAGCAUCAAACUGGUUAAAAAAGCCGCCUAUGAAAGUAGACAAGUCUGUGAAAGAAUGUGCCGACACAGACCGCCUUCACAAGAAAUUUGAAAGGAAGCUUAGCGCAGUGGUCAGCAAAAGUACGCCGAGUAAUAUGGUAGACGUGAUGCAAGACGUAGUCAUCGAGUCGUCAAGGCAGCUCUCAGAAUACUUUGUUGCUAGCAACUACAAGGCUCUAGCUCGUGAGGGCCUUAUUUCGGAGAUGCAGAAACGCGGAAACGAGAUUUUAGUCGAGGUGGACGGAGCGACCGAAACGUUUUUCUUUGCAGCACAAAGGUUGAAAAAGGCAAAAUCUAUGGAAGUAAAAGAACCAUGCCCAUCGGUCGCAUAUUAUAUCACAAAGAAAUUGGAUGAUAUAAUCAGAUGCCGGUCUAUGGCGCGAAAGUUAACAUCAACAAUGAAAGAACAUAUCAAAGGAGCUGCAGAUUAUUUAUCUGAAUUAGUUACAAAGCCAGAUGAACAAAUCGAAGCAUAUGUAGCGCUACUUGGUGAAAUGGAGUCAAAUGGAGACGCAUUACUCGUCGAAGGAGAUAUCCCAAAAUCUUAUAAAGAUGCUGCUGCUUACCUAAGGCAGCUGACGUCGUCCACGGACCAAAUUAACUUGGCGAAUUCUAGUUUGCAUUCGGAAACAGUAAGAAAACUAAAAGGGAUUAUGGCUAAUGUUACUCCCUCGGGAUACACAUCGUCUGUAUUGGAUGGCGUUAUUAACGAGAGUGCAAAGUUGCUGGUCUCUUAUAUAAUGUUACAAGGUGAGAAGACAAAAGCAUUAAAAAUACUAGUUGAAAAAAUGGAUUCAGCAGGAGACAAUGUGUUACUACGGCAUGGGACUCUCCGGAAAACUUACACAGACGGGGCAAAUAUAUUACGCGAUAAAAAUAACGAUCAACUUCGUGCGCCAAGCGGAGAUCCUGUAGUUGCAAGAAAAAUACAUAUAAAGCUUCACAAUUUAAUGCUUGGUCAGACACCUGACAAAUAUGCAGCGCUAAUGGAAGAUGUUAUAGAAGAUGCUACAUCAUACUUGACGAUGCUCCUUCUGCAACCUCAAGUCAUUCAAGUUUGCAAAUGUAUGAAAAAUGUAUUCGUGCAAUGCGAAUUGUGGUGCGACGAGAUACUGCGCCGAGUAGCGCGGCCUUGCUGUACGUGCUCACGUCACGUAUCAGCCCAGGCGCUGCAAGACUUAGCCCCCGCACAGCGGAUACAGAUAAGCUCCAGUUCUUCCAGAGCGUUCGCACCAGGGAUAGAAAUAUCACUGACCACUUGCCCUUCCAAAAUGGCCAGGACUUGUAACAGACGCGGACAAACCCUUCCGGAAUGUCCAGCAGCUAAAAGAACAAGCGGUUGCAAAAAUGAACCUACCACAUCUUAUCUACUCUAUUCCACGAUAUACGAUCAACAAGCAUCUCACAGUCGCAGCCCUUCAGUAUAUUCAUCGCAGAUUCCUCCUAAUUUACAAACUACAACACGCUUACCGAAAACGGAAAAUAUGUCCUACAAAUCUCUAUUAUACGACAUAUAUCAAGAAAAUGAACCCAUGUAUACUGACGGAGAUAUUGAUGAACCUGAACCAGAACAUGAAAAACAAGGAACAACAUCACAGUCAUCGACAGAUACAUAUUUCACUCCAGUAAAUAGUUCGAAUACAAAACCGUCACACGACUUUAAUACCCUGAAUUUACCAACGCUAACGACUAUGCACACAGGUGCUGUGUAUAACGAGAAUGUCUCUAUUCCUGAACCUUCUUUGAAUAUAGCACCCUCUACGGCUGGCGUUUCUGGCAUAAGCUCACGUACACCAAUUGUAACAACGGAUCAAAUGGCUGAUUGGCAUGCAAUGAUGAUCAGUUUGAUGUGGAACGUGCAAGCCUGGCAAGACUGGAUUCAAGAGUGCAUGGACCGUGCUUUGUCGUAUAAAUACGAACCAGAAAUCUCGCCAUUGGAGUCUGAAGAAAGAUGGGCAAAGCUCCGUAAUAGAAUCAUCAAUGAAGCAUUUCAGUGGCGUCAAUACAACAGUUUCAGCCGGCAACUAACACUGCGACUUGCUUCCAGAUAUGGAGAUAAACAAGUAUGUGAUUAAAUAAUUUACAUACGCAAACAUACGAUGAGACUACACAUCGUAAAUUGCUAUUUCUUUUUCGUCCAGAUGUCGCGUUUGCCGCGCUUUCGGCAUCGAAACUAUCCCGCUUUAUUUUCGUUUCCAAUACGGUCACUUGGUGUUACUAAGAAACGUGUGCCUACUGGAUGUAACACUAACAACGGUGUUCCUAUUCAAGGUAUCCACGAAAGGCGAUAUAUGCGCGAGUACAUGUUUAAAGCGGCGGAUUAUUUACCAAUCACAUGUCCUGCCCCACUUAAUUAUUCAAAUUAGAAUGCAAAAGUUAGAAACGAUGUCUGUAUGUAUCUAUGUUUGUUACUGUACGGAUUUUGAUGACAUUGGGUAUAUAUAUGGAUAAGACUAAGCCGGAAUUAAGUUUUUAUUCCCCUCUAAAUGGUUCCUUAGGAUAAUCGUGUAAGCUAGUUUAUAUAUAUAUAGAAUAAUAAAAGAAAAAAUAUUUAAUUGUGUUUAUGUCUUGAUAAAAAUAAUAUAAUUUAGAUACUUAUUUCUAUCUGUUGGAAUAUGUGAAUGUAGAAUAGACAUGCCCACUUAUUUAUGGCCCAUGUAUUUGGUACAAUAAAUAUCUAAGU